CUCUCUGCCAUUAUGUUCAACCAUCUUUUAACCAGGCCUCUCCGCAGGCUGCAGUGUCCGUGAGAGAGGCCUGAGCCCUGUCUGCCCGAGGCCCCCCGUGCAGGAGCUGCCCCCCACGGGUGCGGGUCGCUGACCCUGCAGGGCAGCAGCAGGCCUAUUGAUUGGGGCUGCCUUUAACCCUUUCAUAUUUGCAGAGGUAAUGCAUCUCUGACAAUAACUGAGCAUUGGCUAAAAAAUCUUUCAAAGGUCAAGGUUCACAAGAUUUGCUUCCAGACAAAUACAUGACCAUGGGGGAUAUGAAGACCCCCGACUUCGACGACCUUCUUGCAGCCUUUGACAUCCCAGACAUGGUCGAUCCUAAAGCAGCUAUUGAGUCUGGACAUGAUGAUCAUGAAAACCACAUAAAACAGAAUGCUCAUACAGAUGAAGAUUCUCAUGUGCCAUCAUCAUCAGAUGUUGGUGUGAGCGUCAUUGUGAAAAAUGUACGUAAUAUUGAGUCUUCUGAAGGAGUGGAUAAGGAUGGCCACCAUUCCACAGGCAAUGGCUUACAUAAUGGUUUUCUAACAGCAUCUGCUCUUGAAAGUUAUGGUAAAGAUGAAGGGAAGUGUCUGAAAGAGGAGGGGUCAGCUUCUGAGGCUACUCUGAAAGAGUCAGCUUUCAACCAGUUUAGCCCAAUCUCAAGUGCUGAAGAAUUUGAUGAUGAUGAAAAAAUAGAGGUGGAUGAUCCUCCAGAUAAAGAAGAGAUGCGUGCAAAUUUCAGAGCAAAUGUGUUAACAGGAUCAGUUUCUCAGCAGGAAUAUGACAAACUAAAGAUGCUUGGAGGGGAAAACUUGAUUAAACCUGGAAUUCCAGCUUCAAGUAAUGUAGAUAAAAACAAAGGUGUUAAAAGAGAAACAGAAACAAACUCUGUGAAUGUAAGUGUCUAUGAACCAUUCAAAGCCCGAAAAAUAGAGGACAAAUUGAUGAAAGACAAUUCUGAAAAGCUGCUUGAAAACAGGGUACUUGAUGGAAAACUAGGUGCUGAAAAAGGUGAAACAAAUCUUGCCAGCAUUUCACAGUCCAAAGCAAAGUCAUCAGCAAAGCUUUCUUCAUGCAUUGCUGCAAUUGCAGCACUGAGUGCUAAAAAGGCAGCUACAGAUACCAGUAACGAAUUACAGUCUACUUCAAGAGAAUCUUCUCCAUUACCAAAAGACAUGAAUGAAAGUCCCCGGGCUAUUGAGAAAUCACCUGAAUCUCAGAGUCUUAUUGAUGGUGCUAAAAAACCAUCUAUAAAACAACCCGAUAGUCCCAGAAGUGUAUCAAGUGAAAACAGCAGCAAAGGGUCUCCAUCUUCUCCUGCAGGGUCAACGCCAGCCAUUCCAAAAGUUCGCAUAAAAACCAUCAAGACUUCUUCUGGGGAAAUCAAGAGAACAGUUACAAGGGUGUUGCCAGAAGUUGAUUUGGACUCUGGUAAAAAGCCAGAGCAAACUGCUUCCAUGGUAGCUUCCAUGACAUCUCUCCUAUCCUCUCCAACUUCUGCUGCUGUUCUUUCUUCUCCUCCUAGGACACCUCUCCAGUCAGCAGUUGUCACCAAUGCUGUUGCAUCUGCAGAACUUGCGCCAAAGCAGGUCACUAUUAAACCUGUGGCGACUGCUUUUCUCCCAGUUUCAGCAGUUAAAACAGCAGGAUCACAAGUGAUUAAUCUGAAGCUUGCUAACAAUACUACGGUGAAAGCCACUGUAAUAUCUGCUGCUUCUGUGCAAAGUGCCAGUAGUGCCAUUAUUAAAGCUGCAAAUGCUAUACAGCAGCAGACUGUUGUGGUGCCAGCAUCAAGCCUUGCCAGCGCUAAACUUGUGCCAAAGACAGUCCAUCUUGCCAACCUUAAUCUUCUGCCUCAAGGUGCUCAAACCACCUCUGAACUCCGCCAAGUGCUAACAAAACCUCAGCAACAAAUAAAGCAGGCAAUAAUUUCUGCAGCAGCCUCACAGCCUUCUAAAAAAGUGUCACGUGUCCAGGUGGUGUCAUCUCUGCAGAGUUCUGUAGUGGAAGCAUUCAAUAAGGUGCUGAGCAGUGUUAAUCCUGUCCCAGUUUACGUCCCAAACCUCAGUCCUCCUGCCAAUGCAGGUAUAACAUUACCAACACGUGGUUACAAGUGUUUGGAAUGUGGUGAUUCGUUUGCUCUCGAAAAGAGUCUGACACAGCAUUAUGAUAGGAGGAGUGUGCGAAUUGAAGUGACAUGUAACCAUUGUACAAAAAAUUUAGUUUUCUACAAUAAAUGCAGUCUUCUUUCUCAUGCGCGUGGACAUAAGGAAAAAGGAGUUGUAAUGCAGUGCUCACAUUUGAUUUUAAAACCAGUCCCAGCAGAUCAAAUGAUAGCGUCUCCUUCAAGCAAUACUGCUGCAUCUUCUACUCUUCAAAGCCCAAUGGGAGUUGGCACACAUACUGUAACCAAGAUACAGUCUGGCAUAACUGGAACAGUAAUAUCAGCCCCAGCAAGUACACCUAUCAUUCCAGCUAUGCCUCUAGAUGAAGACCCAUCAAAACUCUGUAGACAUAGUCUAAAGUGUUUGGAGUGCAAUGAAGUUUUCCAAGAUGAGACAUCUCUUGCUACACAUUUCCAGCAGGCUGCAGACACAAGUGGACAAAAGACUUGCAAUAUCUGCCAGAUGCUGCUUCCUAACCAGUGCAGUUUUGCAUCACACCAGAGAAUUCAUCAGCAUAAAUCUCCAUAUACGUGUCCUGAAUGUGGAGCAAUCUGCAGAUCGGUCCACUUCCAGACCCACGUCACUAAGAACUGCCUACAUUACACACGAAGAGUUGGUUUUCGCUGUGUACAUUGCAAUGUUGUGUACUCUGAUGUGGCUGCACUCAAGUCUCACAUUCAAGGUUCCCACUGUGAAGUCUUCUACAAGUGUCCUAUUUGUCCCAUGGCAUUUAAAUCUGCACCCAGCACACAUUCCCAUGCCUAUACACAACACCCUGGUAUCAAGAUAGGAGAACCAAAAAUAAUAUAUAAAUGUUCCAUGUGUGACACUGUGUUUACCCUGCAACCCUUGCUGUAUCGCCACUUUGAUCAACACAUUGAAAACCAGAAGGUGUCUGUUUUCAAGUGUCCGGACUGUUCUCUUUUAUAUGCACAGAAGCAACUUAUGAUGGAUCAUAUCAAGUCUAUGCAUGGAACAUUGAAAAGUGUUGAGGGGCCACCAAACUUGGGUAUAAAUUUGCUCCUGAGCACUAAACCCACAACUCAAAACUCAGCCAGUCACAACAAAGAGGAUUCAAAAUCCAUCAACGGAACAGAAAAGCUGGAGAAGAAAUCUCCCUCUCCUGUAAAGAAAGCAGAGCCCAAAAAAGUAACCAACCCUGGCUGGACGUGCUGGGAAUGCGAUCGACUCUUCACUCAGAGAGAUGUGUACAUAUCCCACAUGAGGAAAGAGCAUGGAAAGCAAAUGAAGAAACAUCCUUGUCGACAAUGUGACAAAUCUUUCAGUUCAUCCCAUAGUCUAUGUCGCCACAAUCGUAUCAAACACAAAGGCAUUAGGAAAGUUUAUACCUGCUCGCACUGCCCAGAUUCAAGACGCACUUUUACUAAACGACUGAUGUUAGAAAAACAUAUUCAGUUGAUGCAUGGCAUUAAAGACCCUGAUGUGAAAGAAAUGACAGAAUCAACCAAUAUAGAAGAAAGUGAAGUAAAAGAAGACACAAAGGUUCCCAGUCCAAAGCGUAAGUUGGAAGAACCUAUACUGGAAUUCAGGCCUCCCAGAGGAGCAAUCACACAGCCAUUGAAGAAGUUGAAGAUAAAUGUUUUUAAAGUCCACAAAUGUGCUGUGUGUGGCUUUACAACAGAAAAUCUUCUUCAAUUUCAUGAACAUAUCCCUCAGCACAAAUCUGAUGGCUCUUCGUAUCAGUGCAGGGAAUGUGGCCUCUGCUAUACCUCUCAUGUAUCUCUCUCCAGGCAUCUCUUCAUUGUACAUAAGCUGAAGGAGCCUCAGCCAGUAUCGAAACAGAACGGGUCUGGGGAGGAUAAUCAACAAGAAAAUAAACCCAAUCAUGAAGAUGAAUCAUCUGACAACAUGGUAUCAGACCGAAAAUGCAAAGUGUGUGCAAAGACAUUUGAAACUGAAGCGGCCUUAAAUACUCAUAUGAGAACACAUGGCAUGGCCUUCAUUAAAUCUAAAAGAUUGAGUUCAGCUGAAAAGUGAUCAGAUAUUUGAGAAGCAAAAAUCCGUCUCCACAUUGGAAUAUAAAUGACAUUUUUGUUACAGAAAGUUCUCCAUAUAAUAGUGUUAACAGUACAGUUCAGGCUGUUGCAAUAUAUUCUACAUAAAUGUAUCCUCUUCACCUCAUUGUCUAUAUGCUCAAUAAGCAUCAAAACAGUAUUUGAGUUGAAAAGAGUUUGUAUAUAUUUAAACUAACAAUUUUUAUACUCUUUGUUACGUGUUUGUAUUGCUAUUUAGUGGAAAAUCCGUUUUUUGUUUUGUUUGUUUUGUAGUAAGUUUCUUUAAAACAGAGUUCUUAACACAGGGGUAGUUCCUUCGGUUCCGUUAAACUGUUUUAUAUAUGAAAUGCUUCUGAAAGAAAGUUUAGUUAAUGAAACUGCACCAGAAAACAGUGCUUUUAUGUAUAGGGAAGAUUUUGAAGAUCAAUGGGACUCGUGCUUCUAAAUCUUUCAGGUGGUUUUGAAAAUCUUUCCGUAAGGAAUAGUCACUGCAUCUAUAAAGAAUACAGUGUUUAGGCAGUAACACCAGAAAUACCAGGUGUUUACUAUUCAGAGUGCAUACUCCUUAGAACGUCAUUGCACUUUUGAAAAAAUGUUACUGCACAACUGGGCAUCACUACAUCAUUUGUUUAGGCCCUGCAAGGAGGUCUUUAAGGUCACACAAAGUUAAAAUUGUUACAGAAAGGCUGGGCUGCUGUGGAUUAAACAAAUAAGAUGUAAUUAGAUAAAUACGUUUUAUAAUUAUGGUGGGGUUUGUCAUAUAAUUUAUUUAACGUUAUAUAGAAGCGAGUACACAGCAUUGUGUGUUUUCCUUUCUUCUGGCUCUUGAAAGAAAAUAGUUUAAUUCCUUGGCUGUGAGAGUUGGUAUUUCCCAGCUCUGUAUGCUAAUGCCAAGUGUUCUGGUGCUCAAUUGUCCAACCACAACUGUUAAGAAGGUAAUACACCAGCCUAUUUCAGUAAAAGUUGGCCUUUCGACAUUAGCACAGACCAUCUGAAACUAGUUCAGUCAUUUCAAAAAGUAUACCUAAUAUUACUGGUUAUGCAUUCUUGAAGUACAGAAAAGGUACCAUACUGUCCCUUUCAUAUAUAGUUCUCUGUGAGAGUUAUAUUUUUGUUUGUUUGCUUUUGCAUUUUAUACCUUGUAUGGAUCCCUAAACAAAUUUUGUACCUUUUUUAAAAAAAAUUGUGUAUAUAUAGAUAUCCGCAUGAUAUACUGUAGUAACUGUUCGGUUCUUUAAAAGUCUUGCUGCUCUCAAAUGUUACUAUACACUAUGUCCAUUAUAACUGUAUUAAGUACAUUUCAUAUGUAAAUAAAUGUGGCGCAUUUUGCCCCUAAAGAUUUGUGAGAUUCUGUUAUUUAUCAUUAAAUUCUAACAGCGUUAGAAACCUGAGCUUCUAUGUAAAAAUUCUUCUUGCCAUUCUGUGUUGUAUAUCAGAAACUUUAGCUCUACCUUUUCUCUCCAUCCAUGUUCCUAAUUUGGUUGAUUAGUAGAUGCUUGUUAUCCCCUUUAUACACUACUCAAGUAUUAGGUGGUUAUGCAGUACUUCUGUAUGCUAAAGCUUAUAGCUGAAGUUGCAGGUUCCUGGUAUGUUUUUGUCAGUUAUGUGCACUGGCUAUCAUUGCCCUUUUGUUAAGUGUAUACCUCUUUAACACUUGUUUGUUGAUGAGCACUGUCAACUGUACAGCAAAUAAGUUAUCACUAUGCAGCAAUGGUGUUUUGUAUACAGUGAACAGAUAAUAAAGGUUAAAUUUGCACAGGCAUUAUUAAUA